AUAAAAAAAUAAAAAUAAAAACUGAGAGAAUCGGUAUGAAGUUGCGUACCAACUACUCUCUGCCUUUAUUCUUCUUUUCUAGUUGCAUUUUUCCCUCCACCAUCUACCUACGUAGCCUUUUAACAUUCCUUUUUCUCUCUUUACCUUUUCCUUUCUUCUCAUUCUUCCAUUACUGAGUUUCUCUUUACUCUCUCUCUCUUCAAUCUCCAUGCAUCAUGGCUAACUAGCUGUUUAGAUCAAUGCAAGUGAAAUCUUAACAUUAAUGGCCCCGAGUACUCCGACAAUAGCUUCACUCUUCACCAGGCUCAUCUCCCAUUUCUUCCUUCUUUUUGUCAACUUGGGUUGCUUUGUCUUCACCACCAGCCCCACUGCCGGCGCUGACGCCGACAUCCAACGCCAUGGUCACUCUAAGAAACGAAAAACUCAUAAAGCCCUCUCGUCUUCUUGGUCUUAUAUCAAAGGAAUAUUUUCCUCCAAAUCCCGUAAAACCAAUGUCCAAACACACCCUUCGACGCCUCCUCGAUCGUCCCAGCACUCUAUCGUCUCCCUCGUCAAUCCCGAUCCGUCCGAUCAGCCCUCUGCCGUUGUAGAAGCACUACCUCGGAAAAAGCAUUCCCCGUCGGAAUCUGACAUAGCAGCCAGCGACGGCGACCUCUUCUUCCCACUCCGGAACGACAUCUUCCCGUGUACGGCAUGCGGCGAGAUCUUCCAGAAGCCCCAGCUCCUCGAACAGCACCUGACGGUGAAGCACGCCGUUUCGGAGCUCUACGACGGAGAUUCGGGCAAAAACAUAGUCCGGAUCAUAUUCAAAUCGGGUUGGAGCAAUACCCGAAAUAAGAGCCCGAUUAUCCACAGGGUACUGAAGAUCCACAAUAGCGCUAAGAUACUGACUCGAUUCGAAGAGUACCGAGAGACAGUCAAAGCCAAGGCCACGCGAAACGGCACCGUUCGAAAGUCCCGAGAUGAGAGGUGCAUCGCAGACGGUAACGAGCUCUUGAGGUUUCACUGUUCGACAUUUCUUUGCGAUUUGGGGGCCAAUGGAAGCUCCGGGAUCUGUAACCACCAGUACUGCAGCGUUUGUGGGAUAAUCAAAUCCGGGUUCUCACCCAAGUUGGACGGAAUUUCCACGCUGUCGAGUAGCUGGAGGGCACACGUGGCGAUCCCAGAUGAGAUCGAGGAAGAGUUUCGGUUCAUGAACGUGAAACGAGCCAUGUUGGUCUGCCGGGUCGUAGCGGGCCGGGUCGGGUGCGAGACGGACGACGUGGAGAAAGAUGACGGCGCAGGGUUUGACUCGGUGUUGGGACGUGGCGGAAGUGGAGCCCACACGAGGCUAGACGAGGAAGAGCUCUUGGUGUUUAAUCCAAGGGCUGUGCUCCCAUGCUUUGUGAUUGUGUAUACUGUGUGAGCGUGCGUUGGAUCCUUAUUGUGUUAGCUCUUUUUUUUAUUAUUUAUUUAUUUAGUUUAAUUACCUAAUCAUGAAUUUUUUUAGUGAUGUGUGGUAGUGAUGGUGUUAUCUAGUGGGUCCCAAAAAUAUUGGGUUGGUGCUUGAAGACUUGAACUAAAUUGGUCACAGUCUCGUUACUAAUACUGGCCAUGAAGAUAUACAUCUAUCCCUAUGAUAUAAUUAAUAGGUUAUAGUGGCAGAGUUUGAGAAUUGAGAACUUUGUCCAAUGAGAUAGUGUUGUGAGCGUUUUGUUUGUAAGAUAGUAGGUAAAGAUAGCAUUUCACCUUGAGGAUUUUGAUAGCUUUAAAUUAAUCACCUACUAUCUCUUGGUUCAAUAUUAGGAGCAAUAUAAUAUAUGUGAAGAUUUGUAGUCGUUCGAGCUGUGAUUCAUUGAAUUUUGGUGUCUUUAGCGGAUUUUAACCUCUCCUUUUUAUGUAUGUGUAUAUAUAUAUAAAAGUGUAUGUGCUGGUAAUAGAAAACAGUAUUGUUUUGUUUGGAUUUA